CCCAAAGGAGAUUCCGUAGCUGUGACUGUGGACAGUUGUUAGGCUACAGCGCUACCUGAGUGACAGGUAUCAGUCGUUUGACUGCUAACAAUAGGAUAACUCCGCAGACUAAAGAAAAAACAAUUAAUGUUUGUUUUGUAGCUAUGUUUUAGCAACGUUUGCGUUGCACACUGAAGGUAUUUCGUGUACUUAGCUCACCGGGCAGGCUAGUGUGCGGUGGGUGGCUAGCUGCUUAGCUAACGACAACGUCACCAGCAGAAACCCGACAACAGACGCAGUGGUCAGUGGAUAAAAGGUGACGCUGCUGUCGGUCACUGUCCAUGAUAAAAAGCGACCAGGAGUGCCAAGAUGAAUGUCGCUAAAAGUGGUUAUCGCGUCUUUUCAGCCAACUCGUCCGUAGCAUGCACAGAAUUGGCCAAGAAGAUAACGGAGCGCCUUGGAGUUGAACUGGGAAAGUCUGUGGUCUUUCAGGAAUCUAACAGAGAGACUAGAGUAGAUGUAAAAGAAUCUGUUCGUGGGCAAACCAUUUUCAUCAUCCAGACAAUACCAAGAGAUGUCAACACAGCCAUCAUGGAGCUGCUGGUUAUGGCUUAUGCCCUCAAGACCUCUUGUGCAAAGAACAUCAUCGGAGUUAUUCCGUACUUCCCCUACAGCAAGCAGUGCAAGAUGAGAAAGAGGGGCUCAAUAGUGUGCAAGUUGUUAGCGUCAAUGUUGGCUAAAGCAGGAUUAACACACAUCAUCACCAUGGACUUGCAUCAGAAGGAGAUUCAAGGCUUCUUCAGCUUUCCAGUGGACAACUUGCGUGCCUCCCCUUUUUUGAUUCAGUACAUCCAAGAGGAGAUUCCUGACUACCGAAAUGCCAUCAUCGUGGCAAAGUCCCCAGCAGCAGCUAAGAGAGCUCAGUCCUAUGCAGAGCGCCUGCGUUUGGGUCUGGCUGUGAUUCACGGCGAGGCCCAGUGCUCCGAGUCGGACAUGGCCGACGGAAGACACUCCCCACCGUGUGUACGCAACACCACAGGACACACAGGGCUGGAGCUACCUUCAGGCAAACAACAAGCCCCGUUCCCUGGCAUAGAGCUCCCAAUAAUGAUGGCCAAGGAGAAACCUCCCAUUACUGUAGUCGGUGACGUGGGAGGGAGAAUUGCCAUCAUUGUGGAUGACAUUAUAGAUGAUGUAGGAGACUUUGUUGCAGCUGCAGAGAUCCUGAAAGAGAGAGGAGCCUAUAAAAUUUAUAUCAUGGCCACACAUGGUUUACUGUCAGCUGAUGCUCCACGCCUCAUAGAGGAAUCUGCCAUUGAUGAGGUGGUGGUGACCAACACAGUCCCCCAUGAAGUACAGAAGCUACAGUGUCCCAAAAUCAAGACUGUGGAUGUCAGCAUGAUUCUGGCUGAGGCUAUCCGCCGCAUCCAUAAUGGAGAGUCCAUGGCCUACUUGUUCCGCAACAUCACUGUGGAUGACUAGAGAGUGUCAGUGACAGUGAGGGCUGAGGUGGGUCUGAUAGCGACUGAGGGCAGGUACAUUUCCUCCCGGUCCUGAAAAAACAUGCUAAUGCCAUGAUCCAUGUAUUGUGUAUGUCAGGAUCACAACUAUCCUCAUGCAUUUAAAGAAAUUUAAACUUAAGAAUGACCCAAAGUUAUAAGUUAAGUUAUCUUCUUAUCAAAAAUUGUGAAAAUGAUUUUUUUUUUUUUUUAGUUAAAUUAAGAGAUGCAUCUUGUCCUAUUAUGUAAGGAUGAUAAAAAAGCAAAUAAGUGACUUUGAGCUUUGAUGAAAUCAGACAUAUUUUGAAGCCUCGGUUCUCUCCUUGUCUUACUGCUCUCAUUGGUUUUCCAACAUGAACGAAAGAUGCUUUGUAAGAGUUUUGUCAUAGACUGCGGUACCUCAUAUUUAAUGACUGAGCUUCAUCUGCAAAUAAGAAGAAGAGAAAAUGUCUGCAGUAACAGGACUUUGUGCUUUUAAACCGUUUUCCCAAUGCUCUUGCUGGCCCUCAUGAUCAGGGCUGCUUAGCACUGUGAUAACCUUGCAUUUAAUGGGGUGUGUUGUUUCAGGCCACAUAGACAAGGCUGGACAAAACCCUGCUCCUCUGUGCCCAGACUAUAUUUUUAUGCAGCUUUUUUUGCACCAUUUGUGCGAACAUUUGGUAAAAUAUCCUAUGUGGCGUAAGAAGUUUUACAUCAUCAGCAGAAAUAAAUGGACCGUCCUUUUAUAUUGUAUUUAAUACAUGGUCAGUUCAACUGAAUUGUGACAACUUACCCUUAGUAAUAUCUAGCCAAGAGGUGUAAAUUUUGAGCUGUUUUAAGAAAUCUGCAUCUGAGAUUUCUGCCCCGGUGCAAUGGAGGUGAAUGAGGAGGACUUCAGCAUCAAUACACUUGGUUUUUAGUCCAAAGAACUGAAAAAUGGCAUUCGAAAACCUCACCAUGUUCAUGAGUUCUGUGGGUUAUGGAAAGGCAAGUUUUGAUCACCACAAAUGAAAUUCACUUCCAUUGUGUUGUGGUGGCAGCAGAAGUCUAACAGUGGAUGGCUACAUAUUACUGGCAGUAAGUAGGAAGUAAGUUUAUUGUGAUUGGGUGAACUGACCCUUUAAUAUGCUAUGUCACUUUAGUAAUUGAUUGAAUGUGCAUAGUACAAUGCUGUGCUUACUUUAACUGGCUGAGAACUGGUAACUGUUUGUUUUUUACAUGUUUUACCCAGAUUACUACAGAUUCUUCAUUAUUGCUGUUUUUUCAAAGCAGACCACAGUUAACUUGCAGGAACCUGCUUUAAGCUAUUGUCCUUGUCACAGUUACAGUAUAGUUUUCUGGUGAUGUGAUCAAAAGCCUGGAGUGCACUGUUGUUUAACUUUGAAAUUACAUUGACUAUAGUCGAUAGCUGCCUAGAAGACAGGACAUGUGCACUAAAAAACUGACAAAAUGGCCAGCAGUAAUGUAAAAUAUCUUUAUAGUAAAAUGGCAAAAACAUGUGAGCAGCAGGAUGGUCUUCAUGGUCUCUCUAAAUUGCUGUUGUGUCUCCCUGUAAGAACCUGUGCCCUCUGAGUAAACAUUCACAGUCAAGCUCAAGGGGAAAUUAGUGUGUUUCUAUGCUGAUUGAGCCUUUUUGCUCAGGGAAGUAUACCUUAUAAGCCAAUGCACAAUUAUUUGUUAUUGCAUUCUUGUUGAUGAAAAAAAAAGUCUAUUGAGAAUGUCUUCCAUACAGUUGUACUGCAUGCUGUCGCUUUCUACCAUUGGUUUAGUUUUGUUAUAGAUACUGGAAUCUCUCUGAUGUGCUGACGGUUUGGUGUUUGACAGUUGCACACAUUGGUGUUGUGUCAGCAUACACAGUUGGAUUUUGUUUGCAUCAAAUGCUGAAGCUGUGCCAGCUCAGAUAUCAUAUGUCAUUAGAAUAUUUCAUGAUGUCUUCCCCGUAUGUCCCCCUCCCCUGACGUAUUUGUGAUGUCAAGGAUGUAUACUUUAAACACUAAUAACACCCCUCUGUCUGCCUCUCCAGCGUUUGUUAAUGUCUAUGAGAAUAAAACAGUUUCCUCUUG